UUGUUGAUGGAGGUUGGGAUCAGCACAGUUUUCCAGAAGUUCUUCAAGAGGUUUCAACAUGAAGAUUACUCUGAUCUGUUUGUUGGUGGGCUUUGUUAUCUUGCAAUAUGCGGAGCAAAGUGAAGCCUGUAAGGAGAAGAAGGUUGAGAAGGCUUGCCAUGAAGGUGGGAGAACGGUGCGACAUAAGGAACCUCUUAAAGGACCAGGACCUGUAAGAACCACUAGGAGACAUGAAAAACCAAGGACAAAGCCCUGCGAAACCAGAAGAACCACCAGAAAACAUAAAACAGUUAGGACGACUAGGAGACACGUUCACCCAAAGACUUUACCUCAUUGUACGGAGAAAACUACUAAAAGGACUAAGCCACAUUGCACAGAGAAAACUACCCACAGGACCAAACCUUCUCAUACAAGGAAGACUACUGAAAAGACUACUUAUAGGACAAAUCCACCUAGUACAGAGAAAACAACUGAAAAAACCACGCCACCUUGUACAGAGAAGACUACUACAAGAACGACUCCACCUUGUACAGAGAAGACUACGCAUAGUACAAAGCCACCUUGCACUGAGAAAACUACUGAAAAAACCAAUCCACCUUGCACUGAGAGAACUACUAAUAAAACCAAUCCACCUUGCACAGAGAAAACUAAUCCACCUUGCACAGAGAAGACCACUAAAAAGCCUUGUUCACCUGAGACAACUCCUUCUCCAAAGACAACCACUCAAGAACCCUGCGGAUGCAGUUCUAGCCACUCUACGGGAUGGAACCCAGGAGGUCCUAUCAAGACAACACCUUCCACAACCACUCAGAAACCCUGUGAGAGUAGCACUCGUCAUUGUCCAGGUUGGAAUCCAGGUGGUCCUAUUCUGACAACUCCUUCCACAACCAGUCGAAGACCCUGCGGAUGUGGUUCCGAAAACCCAUUUAUACCCAGAUGUCCCGGACAUUUUGGACCAGGGCCUGUCAUUCCCAAUAGAGGAGAAGACGGAUUUGGUUCGCACUGCCCCGAUGGUUGGGAUCCCGACAGUCCAUUAAUACCUGUACCAAAAAUUCCUGGACAUUUUGGACCAGGACCUGUCAUUCCCAAUAGAGGAGGAAGUGGAUGUGGUUGCCCCCGAGAAUGUCCAUCCAAAGAGGAACUGAGUGAAGAGCUUCGCAUAGAACUGGACCGUAUACAACUAUUAAUCGACGAAUGUAUCCUCAGACGUUAA